CUGGUGUCCGGCCCCCGAGCCGGUGGGCUCGCGCGGGCCCUGGCCGCUGCAGACCCUGGCGGUCUCUCUGCAGGUCUCCGGGCCCCGCUCUGCCCCGGGCCCGUCAGGCUGCGGCAAGCGUGGCCCGGCGCCGCCCCACAAGAAGAAGGGGAAACCGGAGCAGCUGAAGUCCUGGGGUGAGUUCCCGCCCCAGCGCCUGCGAGGAAACAAUCGAGGCCGGGCGGAUCAAGUGGGCCCCGACCAGCCCAGAGCAGCAGAACCCGGACCUCAAUGCAGCUCCUACCUGGCCUGCACCUGUCUCCUGCUGGGCUUUGGGUGCCUCAGGCUCUCUGUAGCCAGAGAACAGGGCGCCUCCAGGAAGGACUGUGAAGCCCACGGGGGAAAGCCCUUGCCGGAUAUCACAGAGGGGUCUCUACGGACCCUCAUAGAACCAAGUGUGCCCCUCCGCUGGGAGAGGAGGACGAGCUCUGGCUCCUGUGGGCUCGCCUCUGGGACCCGCUGUGAUAAGGCCUGCCCUGGUCUCUGCCAGGAGGACGUCCUGCUCUGGCUGAAGGACUUCAACCCUCAGCACGUCAAGAGAGGCCAACCUGGGUUCAAGAGCAACGUGCCUGUUGGCUUCAGCUGCCCAGAGCAGGCACAGUGCAUGGUCCAGCCACUUGGCAACUGCACCAGGAUCCUGGGCAACACCGACAUGGGGAACAGCAUGAGGGGCACGGUGUGGCCAAGGAGCCAGCUGGAGAUGCCGGCUCUGGAGAAAGUUCCUGAGGGAGAGCUGGGGCUGAGCAGUGGAAUUGGGCCUCAGCACCUGCUGCAGCCCCAGCAACUGACUGCUCCCCAUGCGGUGAAGGAUGAGCAGGUUCGAUACGCUGUUCCUAUGGAAAUGAGAGGCUCCUUCCUGGUGCUCAUGCUGCGGGACUGCUACAAGGACCUGAGCUGGCUGGCUGUGAUAGCCAAGACCUACGGAGAUGUGGGGCUGCUGGUGACUGACUGCCUGCCACAGACACCCUACUUCUGGGCCAUCCAACUCACAGAGGAGCGUCACCUCCACAUGCAGCAGUUGCUCGGGGCCCUGGCACAAGCAGAGGAGCAGCAGCCCUACCUGGCCAAGCAGAAGGUGAAGCGCGGGACCCGCUGCCUGGCCCAGUGUGUCCUGGGGGCUGACAGCAGAGCCUGGAACAGGUGCUGGGUGCUGGAUAAGGUGGAGGACCUGGCCGUGGUUUUUUUUGUGGACUUUGGCCGCUCAGCCACCAUCCCAGUGAGCUCUCUGCGGCAGCUGGACGAGGAUGAUUUCUGGGCCAUCUGGCCAUUGGCGCAGCCAUUCAUGUUCCAGAAAGCGAUUCUGCCGCCGAGAUGCAUCGUCCAACAGGUGCUGAGAGGGGAGGUCGUCGGCCCCUCUCCAACAGAGCCUCACAUCCUGCAGUUCGCUGUCUGCAUAGGGGACACUAGUAGGCAGCUCCUGUUCAAUCUGCAGUGAUGCCCAGUCUUCCAGGCAGGUGCAGCCUCUGGAAAGAGAGACCGGAGCCCUGGCACCAGAAGGGAGCUCUGGGUGUGGGGGGAACUUGCUGUAACUCAUGUUUCAUUUAAAAUAAAUAA